ACUUGUGCUGUCAUUUUACUUCGGCGUGCUUAGAGUGAAACUUCGACAUGUCUUUUAUCUUUCUUGAAAUAUUGGUACUUAGUUUAAUAGCAACAAAAGCUGAGUCAAAAGACAACUUUCGAGCCAAAGUAUAUACAGGGAAAGAAGUCACAACAUCGAAUUCAAGUACCUUGGGAGUUUCUCUUAUACAAUGUCAAAACAUGUGUGUCUUGGCUAGAAGGAAGGGCACGAGCAACAUUUGCGGAUAUGACAAAGUGUCCAAAACAUGUUUCUAUAGUUUUGACACCGAACAUGACGUCCUCAGUACUUCUGAAGUCACGAAGGUCGUGCUUAUACCUAUUGAAGAUGCCUGUCAGAGUUCAGAGUACCUAGUAAACGGAAUGGAACCUGUGCUCGACGACCAGAUAACCGCCUCGUCUGUGUAUAAUGAGGCGCAUGAUACAAGAGGUUCCCGACUCGAUUCCGUGCCGACUAGUUCACAUGUUGGUGCAUGGAAAGCUGGGAAAAACGACACAAAUCAGUACAUACAGGUGCAGUUCAAUUGCCCUAAUCACGUGAUAGGUGUUGCUAUGCAAGGUCGACCAGUUAGCACAGACCCGAAUGCCAUCGUCGGAGUUGAUUGUUGUUACCAGCGCGUGACCGCGUACAAACUUCUCUACAGUGGUGACUGUGUGAACUUUCUCACGAUCAGGGACUCCGGUGGGUCGGAUGUGAUAUUUGACGGGAACACGGAUCAGGAUACGGUUGUUACAUCGAUGUUGCCAAGUCCGGUAACCGCUCUCUGUGUCAGAAUCAACCCAGUCACGUGGUUUGGUGGCUAUAUCAGCCUGAGGUUCGAUAUUCUCGGAUGUUCCAUGAAUGAGCAGCAGCACUCAAAAUAAAGCACGGAAUAUGAUGUAUACAUGCCCACCGUUUGUAGUUGUAAUAUGCCCGUUAUGAAAAGGCAUGUUAUUAUAAAAUGUCGAAUAAUAUAAUGUUACAUGAGUUAGCUUCUUUAUUUUGUAAAUUUAAGGUUUUGUUUUUUGAAUUAUUGCUUCGAGGAAAAAAAUAUGUUCAUUUUUUGUUCUUUUGUUUGCAUACGCUUUAUUAUUCAUUAUUUAUUUAAGUACACAUUAUCUAAAUAAAUAGUACAUGGUUAUAAAAUUGGAUGCCAUUUCCACAAUCGUCUGACUACUUUAAAACAUUGGUAUGAAUGCCGGAGAGCUUGAACGCUUGGUAAUAUUUGUCAUCGAGGAAAUUAUUAUCUUGCAACCCUUGUUAGCCAAUUAAUAAAUAAUAAGAGUAAUCAAGUUCUGUAACUAUACGCCUUAUUGCAACAUUUUUGCUUAUGAUUGUUUGAACCUUCCACACAGGAAAACUGCCAAACUAUAUUUUUUCAAAGUGAAUUGAACGUUUGAGUGAGUAUAAGAGUGAGUGUCCGCCUCUAACCUUUGAAGUUAUAAGUUCGAUUCCCACCAGGGUGAGGGUGCUCAAGAGGUAUAGGUGUCUGUUACUCACCGAAAGAGGUUGUGAGUUCGAUUCCCACACGGGCGAGAGUGGUCUAGUGGUAUAGGUGUCUGUUACUCAGCCAAAGAGGUUGUGAGUUCGAUUCCCCCCCCCAGGCUCAUAGUGGUCUAGUGGUAUCGGUUCUGUAACUCAGCCAAAGAGGUUGUGAGAUCGAUUCUCCCCCCAGGCUCAUAGUGGUCUAGUGGUAUCGGUUCUGUUACUCACCCAAAGAGGUUGUGAGUGGUUUUGUAGUAUGCGUCAACGCUCUUACCAAAGAGGCUGUGGUUUUCACCUCCACCAAUAUUGUCUGCAAGGCCUCUCAAAACGGACACUAGGUCUUCUAUGCAGGGAAUGGACACACCCUUGAUUCAUAUUAUGAGUUUAUAUGUUUUCUUUACAUAGCUUACAACUAAAACUAAAGUUAAAAUAUCACGUACAUGCAUUUUAAGUUUCUAAUGUCAAUAUUUAUAAUCGUAUGUAGGGGUAACAAGUCGCGUGGUCGGCUGGUCGAGCGGGCUUAUGCUUUUCGGGCAAAGUCUUUUGAGUUUAUUAUUUUUAUCUGAACACUGUCAAACUCAUCUUCAUGUUAUGUGCCCUACAUUGAGAGCUGUUAUUUAAAUAAAUAUAACGGGGUCAUUUAAAUACAUCCAGUAUAAAUGCAUCGUGCUAGGGUGCCCAUCACUUCUGUUGAUUUACGUAGGAGUAAAGCUCAAAAAGACAUAAUUGAUCAUGUUUGAACCUGUAAUUUAUUAUGUUUGUAAAUGAUAUAUAUAGUCGAAUGCAGAAAUACUACUGUUUCCAUCCUAAAUUUUAUCGAAGUUUCAAAUGAUUUGUACCACACUUAGAAACGCUUAAACUUUACGAAAUCGUUACAGAAUUUAUAUGAUAUAUUUUGUAUCAAAGGUUUUGUCACGCUUGUAUGCCGAAUAAAAUGUUGCUUUUUA